GGGCCGGGCGCGGGGCGGCGGGAGGCGGCGGCGGGCGGGGCCCGGCGCUUCCCGCGGGAGUGCUGCGAGGGGCUGGGCGGCCUGGACUACGGCCAGGUGGAUGUGGCAGCCAUGGUGUGGCUCUUUGGCUACGUGGAUGUGACGGACACUGGCUUCAUUGUGGCUGUCCUCUCCAUCGCCUUCAACCCUCUCUUCUGGAAUGUGGUAGCCAGAUGGGAGCACAAAACACGAGCACUCAGCCAAGUCUUCGGCUCUCCCCAUGCUGCCUGUUACUGCCUGGGCACUGUGAUCCUGGUGCUGAACUGUGUGAGGAGCCACUGCUUCACAGAAGCCAUGAAGAGCCAGCCAAAGCUGGAGGGCUGGGACUGCGACUGGACCUACUACUCAGGCUUGGCCAUCUCGGCUGUAGGGACCUUGUUUGUCAUCUCCAGCUUCUUAGCACUGGGAUUCACUGGGACAUUCCUAGGUGAUUACUUUGGCAUCCUGAUGGAGGAAAAAGUGACCAGCUUCCCCUUCAGCGUCCUGGAUAAUCCCAUGUACUGGGGCAGCACAGCCAUCUACCUGGGCUGGUCCCUCAUGCACGCCAGCCCAGCUGGCCUUUUGCUGACAGCUGUAGUGGCAAUUUCCUACACAAUCGCUGUGCUGUAUGAGGGGCCUUUCACAGAGGAGAUCUAUCGCAGGAAGCAGAAGGGAGUGAAGAGCAAGUAGCCCCAGAGCACUCUCUCGGGUACCUUGUGCCUCUCCAGUCCCCACACUGUCCGAUUUGCCCAUUUUCCUACUGAGCUGUAUCCUAGUAAUUAACCCAGCAACCCUUAAUGAGCCGACUGAGCUCCCUGCAGCACUGGAAGUGAGCAGAGGAACAGCCUGAGCGUGGUGGCAGCUCCUUGCCACAGCCCACGGGAGAUGGAGGUCCCUGUCCCCAGGUCUGUCCAGGUCACUGCAGCUCUCCUGGGAGUUACACAGUACAGGACCUCCCCACCUCUUCUCCCACACUGGUUAUUGGAGAUCUGCAGGCAAAAAGGAAUUCCCUUUGGACUGGAGGGAGAGCACAGUCAUGAUGGAAACAGCAGUGCCCUUUCAUAAGCGAGCUCUGAGCAUAUGGAAGCUCCAGCUGAUCCUGAAGAUCCUCUGAAGGUGCUGCCUGAGAGAAGCAGACAAAGCUCAGGAGCAGCAAUGGAGAGAGAGCUCAGGAGCCCCUGAGGAUUCAAACACAGAUGGGAAAGGAACGGGGGAAUCUGCUGUGAGCUCAACAACAGCAAAACCUGCUGCAAACCUAAAAACCAACCCCUUCUGUUUUGGGAAAGGAACCUCCCCGUCCAGAGCUGCAGUUUCCCAUCCCAAAGGCUCCCAGAAAAGUGACUGAAAAGCACAGGAAUGUGAAUGUAUGACCUAAACCACAGCCCAGGGGCAUGGAGGGAUGGCAGCUGUCCGUGGGGAAGCCCCAGCAUGGAGAAGACCCGGGGGAAGAGUCAAUCCCUGUCUGCACCUCACAAAUAUCCCACCCCUGGCCAAGUGGAUGCCCCAACCCCUCAUUUCCCUGAGUCCACAUGAGGGUCCUGCUGCCUUUCCCACCACCCAGUGCCUUCCAGCUGUUUUUCAUGUCUUGCAGGGGCAGUGGGAGGGAGGGAAGAGAGGGAAAGGGUUUUUUUUUGCCUUCCACACCGGGUACAGAUGUGCCACUCCACCCCUGCCACCAGCCUCGGCAUGUCCCGGAAUUGUCCAGUGCUGAAUCCUGCCAGAGGUGAUGCUCCAGCCCCGGGCUGUUUUCACAGAUUCCCGGAACAAUUUGAGAAAUAAAUAACUGUAAAUGACCAAACGAAGGGGUGCUGGAGAAGGGAGCUGUGCACUGGAAUGUGGGGCCACACCUCAGCAUCACAGAGGGUCCUCCCUCUUCUCACUGUCACCUCCACGAAACAAUUCCAUUUCCUUCUGCUUUUACACCUUGUAAUUAACUCACCCUGCAGGCAUUGCUCAGCAGAAUUAAAAGUGUUGGUCUCUUUUCA